AGAGUAAAUCGAGUGCACUAGAAGAAGUCUUGUGAUGUGUCAUAUUCUCUUUCGAUCGUACCUACUGGCAGACGAUUGACCAAGUUGUGUUACCAUCAGCGGAGACCAUAGUAGACGACCGUCUGCGAUCGCGAUUUUCGUUGUCUAGCCCUCUAUCUCAUUUAAUAUAUGAUUAGAAAAGUAAUUCAUCUAUCACACUUCGCCCUUAUUGGUUGCACUGCUAGAAACUGCUAGGAGUGUAAGGUUUCGGUACUUACAUUAUUUUGUUUCUCGUCGUCGUGAUCGCCCUUGGAAAAUCCGCCCCUUCCAACUCGAAAGUAUUUUUUUCCUGUGAAACCAGUGUGAUUGUGAAAAUUCAUAAAGCAAAAAGAAAUAAAAAAUUGGAGCAAAUUUUGUGCGGGUGAACGAAAAAAAAACGAGUGAAAAUGUUCAGUUGGUUGAAACGGGAAACAAAAACGGAAGAAGUUGUCGAGAAUGUGCUCGGGGAGUUGAAAAAAAUCUACAGGAGCAAACUGCUGCCCCUGGAGGAGCAUUACAAUUUCCAUGAUUUUCAUUCCCCGAAGUUAGAGGAUCCGGACUUCGACGCGAAACCGAUGAUUCUGCUGGUUGGUCAAUAUUCGACCGGUAAAACAACGUUCAUUCGAUACCUGUUGGAAAGAGAUUUCCCCGGUAUUCGGAUUGGUCCAGAACCGACGACCGAUCGGUUCAUUGCUGUUAUGUACGACGAGAAGGAGGGAAUCAUCCCGGGCAAUGCUUUGGUCGUGGAUCCGAAGAAACAAUUCAGACCAUUGGGAAAGUAUGGAAAUGCGUUCCUUAACAGGUUCCAAUGUUCAACGGUGGCUUCGCCAGUUCUGCGAGCGAUUUCCAUCGUCGAUACUCCUGGUAUAUUAUCAGGUGAGAAACAACGCGUUGAUCGUGGGUAUGACUUCACCGGAGUGCUGGAAUGGUUUGCCGAGCGAGUAGAUCGAAUCAUAUUGCUGUUCGAUGCUCAUAAAUUGGACAUCUCAGAUGAGUUUCGUCGUUCGAUCGAGGCCCUCCGAGGCCAUGACGAUAAAAUUCGGAUUGUACUCAACAAAGCAGAUAUGAUAGACCAUCAACAGUUGAUGCGAGUUUACGGGGCGCUCAUGUGGUCUCUUGGCAAAGUUUUACAAACGCCUGAGGUCGCUCGUGUGUACAUCGGCUCGUUCUGGGACCAGCCGUUGCGAUACGAUGUCAAUCGUCGCCUGUUCGAGGACGAAGAACAGGAUUUGUUCAGAGAUCUACAGUCUCUGCCACGGAAUGCCGCUCUGCGCAAAUUGAAUGAUCUCAUCAAAAGAGCGCGUCUUGCCAAGGUUCAUGCAUUUAUCAUAGCGGAGCUGCGUAAAGAUAUGCCCUCGAUGUUCGGCAAGGACAGCAAGAAAAAGGACCUCAUCAAGAAUCUUGGACAGGUGUACGAUCGUAUCCAGAAGGAACAUAAGAUAUCCCCGGGAGAUUUCCCCGACAUAAAAAAGAUGCAGGAAGUUCUUGCCAAUCAGGACUUCACCAAGUUCCACUCUCUGAGGGUCCCGUUGCUAGAAGUGGUAGACCGGAUGCUUGCCAUGGAUAUUGCUCGUCUCAUGAGUAUGAUCCCCCAGGAGGAAAUGACCAUGGUUUCGGAGCCACUAAUUAAGGGUGGAGCUUUCGAUGGGGUAGAAGAUGCAGUAUCACCAUUCGGUUACCGUAAGGGUGAAGGCAUAGACGCGGGGUAUGGCGAAGUGGAUUGGAUUUGCAGCCGUGACCGUCCGCGCACUGAUCCCAUCUUUGAAUCGCUAAACCCACUUGACGGAAAGAUUUCUGGCGCUGCGGCGAAAUCUGAGCUGAUUAAAUCGAAGCUGCCGAACAAUGUUCUGAGUAAAAUCUGGAAAUUGUCCGACUACGACCAGGAUGGUUUCCUCGACAUCGAAGAGUUUGCGCUUGCGAUGCAUUUGAUAAACGUGAAAAUGGACGGUAAUGAGCUACCAACAACACUGCCGGCGCAUCUUGUACCUCCCUCCAAACGUGCCGUUCAGGAGGAAAAUUAGGUUUAUCGCGUGUCCACUGUUUUGCAUGUACUUUUUCACCUUGUUUAGUUUUCCCUCAUGCUAGUCCUCUCAUCACGCUUUAUUAGUAGCGCUAAGUAUGCUACCCGAAAUUGUUCGCCGGAUGUUUUGAUAUGACGUAUUGCAACCAAAUUAUCUAGAAAUUCCACAAUAAAGUCUAGAGCGCAGCGCGCCAGGUCGUCCCCCCUUGCAAAUAGGUGCCUAAUAAUUUCACCAAAAUUCAUCGCAUUCAUUCACACGAAAAAUAGCGCAAAGUGAAGGACGAGCCUUACGAACAUUGUGAAACGAAGUUUAUUUAUUUUUUCUAACAUUUCCACCCAAAGUGCAAUCACAAUGGUCAGCAUUUGAGAAUUUUCAUGCAACUGUAGAAAAUGCGUAUUUCACACUUCAACAAUGUUUGGAAGACCAAAACACUGAACAACAUAUAACUUAUUUAUGUAUAAUUGAGAGCGAUGCAAUGUUAUUUGUAACUUUUUGUUGUUAUUUCUAAGCCUAUUGUUCCUAGAAUCAAUUAACUAAUGUGCUCGUUCCGGGAAAUGUCGUGCAACACAGGCUUAGUCAAAAAAUAAAAAUUCAAUAUAGGUAGUUGAAUAAAAAGCGAGUGAAUACAAUACAAACAAAUUCAAUUUUCAUACUUUUAUUUCUUUAUUCCACAAGGUAAGCUAGUGAACGAAUCUUCGAGAAACCGACUGCUUCCCAAGCAAAUAACCCAAUUUUGCGAUAUCGAGGAGUGUUACAGAAGAUUUUACACACUCCUAUAACGACAAUGGACAAUUGUUCUAUUGCCUCAAAUGAGGGGUUGAUGACCUUCGAUCACUCUUCACAGACAGAGUGUACCGAUGGUGCUAUUCAAAACAUGAUGAGAGCUGCCACUUUUGGUUGAAGAGCGGAUAUAUUGAUAGAUCCCAAUCCUUUUGUGUAUUCUCACAGCGAUGAGAUAGUCACAUGAUUGCAAAUGAAAACGGAAGCAGGAUGAUGUUUCGCGUUUAAGGGAUUUUCCAGCUAAUCAAUUCAAAUGAAAUCACCGUGUGAGAUACCAAAAACCGUUUCGGUAUGAAAUACAGAUCCGUGGGAAUAAAUCAAUCUCAUGUUUCUCGAAUUUUCGUUGGCUCCUCUCUGUAUCACAAUUAUCAUGUAGUUUGUAUUCUGUGGAAUCAAUGCUCGAUUUUGAACCAACAUCAGUCAAUUAAGGAUGAUUACGCGUAGUUUGAUUUGCAUAAUUUUGAAGCUUUUUUUCCUUUUCUCUCGUACAUGAAAAUAUAGUUUGGACAGUAUCAAUCCUCACAGAAAUCACCAGAAAUACAUCUGAAUUGACUCAAAGCACCCAAAGCUAUGCACUCCUCUUGUGUUCUAUUAGAUGUUUAUCAUAAAGCAAUGCUUGUGAGCUUUUCUGUUGGUUCAAUGUUUGUAAGCACAUUUCGAGUAAGUCGUUGUUUUGAGGAGAAAAAAAACGCGCGUUUGGAUGGAAGAGAAUUGAGAGCAAACAAACGAAAUAAUAAUCGAUAUAAACUGAAUGAAAGAGGUUACAACGCAGCGGAGUUGUGAAGAAACCGAUAAUAAAAAUAGCUUUGUUGCGAGUGGAAGAAAAGAGAUAUAUAUUUACAACUGUAGCAUUUUUGACGAAAUUUGUAAAAUAUCUAUAUUUAAAAAUAAUGGAUCAUAACUGUGUAAUUUAGCGCUACGGUUAUACCGUAAAAUAAAGAUAAAAUCGAUUGUAGUAAAAAUAUCGUGCAAAUAAAAAAGGUUAUCAGAUGG